AUGAUUCCGGCGGCGGCGCUGGUGCUGGUGCUGGUGCUGCAGCUGUGGUCGGCGGAGGCGCAGGUGGUGGCGGUGGGCUCGGGGCCGCGGCCGGGCUGCCCGGACAGCUGCGGCGACGUCAAAGUGCCGUUCCCGUUCGGCAUCCGCGACGGGUGCCACCUCGAAGGCUUCCGCCUCACCUGCGACGCCACGCGCAGCCCGCCGCGGCUGAUGCUCGGCAACGGGACCCUCCAGGUCGUCGGCAUCUCGCUGGCCGACGCCACGGUGCGCGCCAUGGACCUCGCCGGCGCCGCAAACAUGACCCUCGGGACGAUCGACGGCAACGGCACGUGGGCCGGGGUCGGCUACGACUCCGACGGCCCGUACGUCGUCUCCGAGACGCGCAACCAGCUGCUCGUCACGGGGUGCAACGUUCUCGUCACCCUCCUCGGGAGCAGCAGCAACGGCAUCGUCGGCUGCUCCUCCUUCUGCUCCAACAACGACAGGUGGACGGGCACCGUGCUGAGCAUCCCCGGCGACAAGUGCUCCGGCCUCGGCUGCUGCAAGACGCCGAUCCCCAUCGGCCGCCCCUCCUACCACGUGCAGCUCAAGAACCUCGACAGCAGCCGCGAGCAGGACAGCAAGGUGCCGAACGCGGUGCGCAUCGCCGAGCUGGGCUGGUUCGACGGAUUCGCCGACGAGCUGCUCAGCCCGGCGUCCACCAACACCUCUCUCCGGCGGCCGGUUCCGGUGGUGCUGGAUUGGGCGGUGGCGUCCACCGCGGUGAUAUUCCCGGGAGUGCCUCAGUUCGACAACUCCUCCUGCCCCACGGCCGGGAGGGGCGCCUGCCUGAGCAGCAACAGCUUCUGCCGCAACGUCACCGGCAACUACCGCACCGGCUACGUGUGCCGGUGCGAGGAGGGGUACGACGGCAACCCCUACGUCGCCGGCGGAUGCCGAGACAUCGACGAGUGCAAGCUCCCGGGGAAGUGCUACGGCGAGUGCACCAACACGCCAGGAAGUUUCGUGUGCCGGUGCCCACGCGGUGCUCGUGGAAACGCCAGCAUCCCAAAUGACUGCGUCAAAUCUAAUCUAGGUUUGAGUGUUGGUAUUGGAGUUGGCAGUGGCGCUGGGCUUUUAGUCAUGGCAUUAGGUGCUACAUUUUUGACACGCAAGAUUAAGAGCCGGAGAGCAAGAAUACUGAGGCAAAAGUUCUUCAAGCAAAACCGUGGGCAUUUGUUGCAACAAUUGGUUUCUCAGAAGGCUGACAUUGCCGAAAGGAUGAUCAUCCCCUUGGCAGAAUUGGAGAAGGCCACGAACAACUUCGAUGAAUCACGUGAGCUUGGAGGAGGAGGCCAUGGCACCGUAUACAAAGGAAUUUUAUCGGAUCUUCACGUGGUUGCGAUCAAGAAAUCAAAGAUUGCAGUCCAAAGGGAGAUUGAUGAGUUCAUAAACGAGGUAGCUAUUCUAUCGCAAAUCAACCAUCGUAAUGUGGUUAAGCUUUUUGGAUGUUGCCUUGAGACGAAAGUGCCAUUGUUGGCUUAUGAGUUCAUAUCAAAUGGUACCCUUUACCACCAUCUUCAUGUUGACGGGCCAAUAUCACUGCCAUGGGAAGACAGGCUCAGGAUUGCAACCGAAACCGCUAAAGCACUUGCCUACCUUCACUCGGCCGUUUCAUUCCCUAUAAUCCAUAGGGAUAUCAAGUCACAUAAUAUCCUAUUAGAUGGUUCGCUGACAACGAAAGUGUCUGAUUUUGGAGCUUCAAGGUGCAUUCCUGCUGAACAAAAUGGAGUAACAACUGCUAUUCAAGGAACACUGGGAUAUCUAGACCCUAUGUACUACUACACGGGGCGUCUCAUCGAGAAGAGCGAUGUUUUUAGCUUUGGCGUCGUUCUAAUAGAGCUACUGACUAGGAAGGAACCAUACUCAUACAAAUCACCUGAGAAUGAUGGUCUUGUUGCACAUUUCACUACCCUACUCACACAUGGCAACUUGGAUGAUAUACUUGAUCCUCAGGUCAAGGAAGAGGGAGGCAAAGAAGUUGAAGAAGUAGCGGUGUUAGCCAUGGCAUGUGUUAACCUAAAAUCAGAGGAGCGGCCAACUAUGAGACAGGUGGAGAUGACACUCGAAAGCGUUCGAUCAUCAUGUCUGGAGCAAGAGGUAUUGCACAGUGAGGGUACAAAGAAAUCCAACGACAAUCAUGUCUCUUGGAGAUACCCCGUAAUAAGUGAGGGUACUAGCAUGCAAUCAACUAGACAAUAUAGCCUUGAAGAAGAGUAUUUGUUGUCAUCCAGGCAACCCCGUUAGUGGAUUUUGUUUUUUUUCUUCUGUAAGUUUGGAUCAAGAGAAAGAGUUGUCACAAUAUAGAUGGUAUGAUAUAGAUGUUUUUUUUAAUAGCGAAAUGUAUAGUAUUGUUUUAUUGUUGUUCAUAUGAAUUUGUAUUUUCAUGAAUGUUUUUUU